ACUACAAGCUGUUAAGGAUCGUCGACUGUGCCCUGAACACCUGGGUGCAACGUUAUAUCGACGGUCUCGGUGUGACGCGCAGAGAGAUCAUGUUCAAGAUCAACGGGACCGCGAAGACGAACAUGAAGCUGUUAAAGGAGGGUUGCUACUGUCACUACCAUCCGCAUUUGACGGCGGACGCAUGCAACGCCGACUUUCUGAAAAAAGUUAUGUCCGACGACGACAGAAUGUCGUUAACCACCGCUGUGAGCGACGACGACGACGGCGAGAGUGUGAUCAAUUCGCCGUAUCGGGGAAAACAGCCUGGCACAGCUGCGGCCUCCUUUAAUUGCACCGGAGCGGUUCGAAAGGCUGGAUUUCUCAGCGUGAAAAAGUGGUUGCUACGGAAGAAACAUCAGAUCGAGCUCGCGAGGAAACGAGGAUGGAAGGGUUACUGGGUCUGCCUGAAAGGAACAACGCUUCUUUUCUAUCCGUGCGACUCGCAGGAGAGCAGAGCCAUGGAAGCAGCACCGAAGCAUCUGAUAAUUGUCGACGGUGCUAUCAUGCAACCGAUCCCGGAACAUCCGAAAAGGGAUUAUAUAUUUUGCCUGAGCACCGCGUUCGGCGACGCGUAUCUGUUCCAAGCACCGUGUCAGGUAGAACUCGAGAACUGGGUGAACAGCAUCCAUUCGGCCUGUGCCGCCGCGUUCGCGCGUCAUCGUGGCAAAACGGGGACGCUUCAUCUGCUGCAGGAGGAAAUCUUUCGCUUAGAAAAGGCGAUAGAAUCGGAUCAUAAAUUAAAGCACAUGGCGGAUCUUCAGCAGUCCGUUGUCUCUGACGUGGAAACGAAACAGCAGAUCAACAAUCAGAUCGUUCAAUGGGAAGAGAAUCUGGAGCGACUCCAUUGCGAGCAAUUCCGUCUGAGGUGUUACAUGGCCAGCCUACAGAGCGGCGAGUUACCUAAUCCAAAAAGUUUAUUGACGCACGUGUCGCGUGCCACGAAGCAAACGUUGAACAAAUUGGGCGUGUUCACGGUGUCGUCGUUUCACGCGUUCAUAUGCGCGAGGAGUCCGUCGUUGUUGAACAAUCUGUUGGCCGGACGGGGAGCCACCAAACGAAGACCACCGUUGCUCUCGAGGUCCAACAGCGAGUCCAGCCGGAGAUCCCUUCAAAUUUCCUCGAGGGACGAUGAGAAGUCUGUGAAAGUAUGCGUGCCAGAAAAUACGUUAGUGUCCGUGCUUUUGCGCGACGCUAUGACGGUCGAGGAGUUUCUAGCGAGCGCCUGCAACAGAAAGAAUCUGAACCCAAUGGAACAUUUUGUUCGUGUCAAGAAACGACGCGAUAUGGAGGAUCACAAUUACUUUGUGCCGCACAGAACCGACUUGAUAGAGACCUAUUUGCACACGCACGAGAUCGUUGAAGUGUGCGCGAAAAUCCUGUAUCAAGUGGAAUUACAGAGAAACACUCUCGAACAAAUGUGGGGCUUUUCGGUGGAGGCGGAGCUGAUUGAAAAUUCCGACAGGCAGGACGAAUUGUGCUGUUACGUUAGCCGAGUCGAGGACAAAAGUGUGGCAAUGCAAAACGGGAUCAUCAAGGGCGACGAGAUCAUGGUAAUUAACGGUGCUAUUGUAAGCGAUUUGGAUAUGAUGUAUCUGGAAAGCGUGUUACAAGAAGAAGUUGGCUUGUGUAUGAUGAUGAGGUCUUCGCGAACCGAACCGCCGGAUCUCACGGGUAUCAUGAGGGUAACGGAUGACAUAAUCGAGAGCUUGGUUUGUCCACCACCUCCCACCGAUCCACCAGUUAUAAGCGAACAAAUGAUUUCCGACUUGAUCGUUCCAGCACCUGGAUGGAGUAAGGCUUUUCUAUUUUUCCCUCUAGCUUUUCGAAUUUGUAAGGAGAGCAUCGCGCAAGAGUGCGCGGCGGCUGCUCACGCGGAGAACGGAAAACAAACGUCACGCACAAAUUCGUUCGAAAUUGAAAAUUUGUUAAAGACUGCUGAACAAGUGACGGGGAUCUGUCGAUCACCCGGCGAAACUAGGAAAUCCAGUCCCACGGGUAGCGUCGUGAGCUCUCAUUCGCAAGCUAUGACUCCGAGUCGGCAGUUAAGCGACGCCGAGAAACUGAAAAAGGUUAUUCUAGAAUUGAUCGAGACUGAACGGACUUACGUUAAGCAUUUAAACAAUUUGCUGGAGAACUACCUGGAGCCCCUUAAACGCGAGACUUUCCUAUCAAACGCAGAGAUAAACGCGUUGUUCGGAAACAUUCAGGAGAUCGUUACGUUUCAACGACAGUUUCUGCAGAAUCUGGAUCACGCGAUCGAGAUGGAGGCUGAUUUUAAUCAUUUCGACCAUCCGAGUCAAUUUAAGGGUGUCCUAUUCUCCAUUGGAAGUGCCUUCUUAUAUUACGUAAACCAUUUCAAGCUGUACAGCUCGUUCUGCGCCAGCCAUUCGAAGGCGCAAAAAGUUCUACAUCCAAACGAAGGGAACCAGGCUUUACAAGAAUUCUUGCAGGCAAGAAACCCACGGCAACAACACUCGUCGACCUUAGAGUCGUAUUUGAUCAAGCCUAUCCAAAGAAUACUGAAAUAUCCGUUGCUUUUGCAACAGCUUCGAAAUCUCACCGACGAACGAAGCGAGGAACACCAACAUUUAAUUGAAGCGCUAAAUGGCAUGGAGAAAGUGGCGGAACACAUAAAUGAAAUGCAAAGAAUUCACGAGGAAUACGGAGCCAUCUUUGACCAUUUGUUCAGGCAACACCAGAAAUCUUGCAAGCAGCCUAUCGACCUGAGUCCAGGAGAUCUUCUCUACUACGGAGGCGUCGAAUGGCUGAACAUUUCUGAUUUCCUUGGAAAGAUCAAGAAAGGCCUGGAGCUGCAUGCGAUGUGCUUCGUUUUCAAGUCUGCGGUCGUCUUUCUGUGCAAAGAAAGGUUAAGGCAAAAGAAGAAGCUCAUGGGGGUCUCGACGAAAGCGAAUUCCAGCGAGGUGGAGAUAAUACGUUACCAAGUGUUGAUACCUGUGACAGAAGUUCAAGUACGGGCUAGUUCUGCGAAGGAUAUGGAGUCCCAUUUCUUAUGGGAGUUGAUCCAUUUAAGAAGUCAAUUACAGAGAAGAUCGGAAAAAGUAUAUGUGCUCUCUAACAGCACGACCGAAUUUCGAAACGCCUUCCUGCGGACAAUUCGACAAAUCAUUCGAGAAUCGGUACGAAAUAUGAGUAUACCGUCGACUAAACAGAAUAUGAGUCAACCACCGAUGACGAUCUCCCCGCGUAUGUCGACCGGACACGUGGAGAAGUUCGAGAAACAAUCGGCCGCGAGCCAAGGGCCGAACGGCAACAAUAACGGAACGGCCGGCGCGACGCCGUUGCCGAAGAAGCCGGUGAAGCCGCAACCGUUGUCCACCGCGCAUAACUUUAAACGACGGUACAGUCAGUCGAAGCAAAGCGUGGAACACGAGAGUUCCGAGGACAAGGACACAGAAGAACCCGCCGGCGGCGGCGGCGGCGGCGGCGGCGGUGGCGGCACGGUUAAUCAACAACAGACCAUCUUUCGUUUUCGCAGCAAAACGAUUAGCGACACGUCCGGAGAGGCGAAGGUCGAGAUGGACUCGGGGACAAAGUCCGAGGGUGAGGAGGACUCGCAAGCUUUUUUAGGUGAGAAGACGGCAAAUUUGGGCCGCACUCCGAAUCAUUUGACUUUGAGCACCACUUCAACCAUUUCAGCGGGAAGUACCGGUAGUCAAGCGAGAUUAAUCCAGUCGUCACAUCAGCCGGAGAACUAUCAACCGAUUACAGUUAAAGAACUCGGAUCGCCGAUCUGGAAACCGCGGGAGUUACCUUCGUUAGGAGAGGCCACCACUUUACCGCGCAAGGGUAAGUCGGCCAGCGAGUUUGGGGACAUGAGCUCGUCUCACAGCGCUUCCCGAAAGUCUCUGAUAGAAAUCAAUAACUGUGCUCAACAAUCUAACUAUAAUAACCACGUUUAAGUUAAGUAGUUGUUAACUGGC